AUGGCUAAGUCUUCUAUAUUCAUCGUCCUGGCCUCUGCCAUUUGCUUCUUCUCCUUCUUCGCUUCCUCUCACGGCCAAGAUGAUAGAAACCACUUCGUCGUGCAUGGCACUGUUUAUUGUGACACAUGCAACGUCCAAUUCGUCACCAAGCUCAGCGCUCCUAUGGCCGGCGCAAAGGUUAAACUGCAAUGUGUGGACUUUGCAAACGAAAAGAACGUAACAUUAAGCAAGGAGGCGACGACGGACGAGAAGGGUUCUUACAGCAUCGAAGUGGAGGGCGACCACGCGGAGGAGGACUGCGAGGUGACUCUGAUUUCCAGCAGCAGAAGCGACUGUGCCAAGUUGGACAGUGACAAACAUCUGAACCAAGCAGCCAAAGUUAGCAUCACAAACGACAAUGGCCUUAUCCACUCUCCUGAUCGUAUCGCCAAUGCUCUGGGCUUCAUGAAGGACCAACCUCUGGCCGAGUGCGCCCAAGUUCUUAAAGAGCUCAGCUUGAACCCUGAUGGCACUGAGAUUGAAGAUAAUUCCUGA